GUCGCGAGCAAAAAGCUAUUUAUGAAUAGUUUGAAACACCUUGUAUAAAAUAUGCAACGAAAGAAAUCAAACAAAAAUAAACUUGUAAAUAAUUGUUCACUGUUUAUUCCUACCUAAAGAAAUUAUAAGGCGAACAAGACAAGAUAACAUUUUAAAAUAUCAAGUUUUUAAUCUUUUUCUUCGCAAACAUAAGACUCCUAUAUAAAAGAAAAACUUUAUCUGAGCAAUAAAUUAUAUAGCUCAUCACUUAUCGCUGACACGCCAGAUGUUAACAUUGUAUUUUAGUAUUGAAUAUCUUCAAAAAAGACAGAGAUGUAUCAGGAAACUACUUUGCCAAUGAUAGAAAAAGUUCCGGCGAAAAAAUUCAUGCAAGUUGCCGCUGUAACUUCAGUAUCACUAGGAACAUUCUGCGCAGGAACUGUACUAUGUUGGACGUCCCCAGCCUUAACCCACAUCGAAAUUCCUUCAAAUUUGACUGCGAAUACGUCACCUGGUUUUUCCGUGACCGCCAGUCAAGCAGCACUUAUAGGUUCGACGCUAACCAUCGGGGCUCUUGUAGCCGCCAUACCUACAGGAUAUUUAGCAGAUAAAUUCGGCAGAAAACCAACGAUAAUUGGAUUAGCUGUGAUGUUUUUGAUUAAUUGGGUUUUGAUAAGUUUUGCAAGAAAUUAUGUUUUGGUGAUUGUAGCUCGGCUUUUUGCCGGAAUAGGUCUAGGUGGCAUCUGUGUUGUAGCACCCAUGUACAUUGGAGAAAUAUCAGAAGCGUCAAGCAGAGGAUUUUUCGGUUCCUUCCUUCAAUUAUUCUUAGCAGGUGGAGUCUUCUUUACGUGUCUAGUCGGCAGCCUCACCAAUUGGGUGGGAUUAGGUCUAAUAUUAGCUCUAAUCCCGAUUUUGCUGGGCGUAAGCUUCUCCUUUAUGCCGGAAUCUCCGAUAUAUUUAAUAAGCAAAGAUAAAAGAAAACAAGCUGAAAAGAACUUAAAGAUACUCCGAGGUUCUUUUUAUGAUAUAUCGGAAGAAAUAUCGAAUAUGGAACAGAAUUUAGCUCAAGCUAAAAAGUCUAAUGUUAUUUUAAGAGAAUUAUUGACAAAUAAAAGUACGAGAAGAGCUUUGCUAGCAGGUAUUGGGGCACUAGUAUUCCAACAAUUUUCAGGAAUCAACGCUAUAAUUUUCUACACAGUUACAAUUUUUAAAGAAGCUGGAACUGAUAUAUCUCCCUUUUUAGCAGCUGUUAUCGUUAAUUCAGUACAAUGGACUGCUUCAAUCAUACCUAUGUUAGUUAUUGAAAGAGCAAAUAGAAAGAUGUUCUUAAUAAUGUCGUCGUUAGGAAUGAUGAUAUGUUUGGUUGGUCUAGGAAUGUUUUUCCAUUUAAAGACAAUUCUAAUUAACAACUCAUAUCUCUCAUUUAUUCCACUGAGUAGCACUAUCCUCUAUAUGAUCUUUUUCUGUAUUGGUUUCGGUCCUAUACCAUGGAUGUUACUGGGCGAGUUAUUUUCGCCAGAAAUUAAAGGUUUUGCUACCGGUGUAUCCAUUUUGGUAAAUUGGUCAAGUGCUUUUAUCGUUACCUUUUCUUUCCCUUUACUAAACGCGGCAUACGGCAGUCAUAUUGCUUUUUAUAUUUUAGGGGGUAUUAUGGGGGUGGCGACGUUGUUUGUUUACUUUGCAAUACCUGAAACCAGGGGGAAAACUCUGAAUGAAAUUCAAGAAGAACUGAAUAGAUAAGUUAAUGUUUUUAUUUUUUUUUAAUUUCAUAUUGUAUUUUUUAUAAAAAUACACUUUUUUAUUUCAA